CUGUUCGGCUUUGAUAAAGCCUCCUGUGCUUGGUGUCCUUUCCCAGAACCUGACAGUUUACAGUGACGCUGCCGGGGUACCUCAGAAGUCUGCUUUGAUGGGAGCAAGUCUUAGAGUCACCCCUCCCAAUGUGCCUCCUCAAGGGUGGAGCUGGCAGCCUCCCUCCACCUGGCCUAACAGCUACCUGACGCUCCGGAUAAGUUAGACAGAUUGAUUUUCUUCCAGCCCAGGCAUAAACUGAACUUUAGGCUUUCAGGAAUGACGCUGUCAACCAGCAAAUGCCUGGAAAGACAGCUUCUCUGAAGAGCCCUGUGUCCUGCACAGAGGACCCGGACAAUGCUCAGGAGCCCUCAGACUACAGCUUGGUGGCCUCCCUCAGGUCGGGUGAGUCUGUGCUGAGCUCCUCACUGCAGAGGCCACAGGGAGGAGGCCGCAAGGAGGGCAGUCCUGCUGGGAGCAUGGCCAGUGGCCAGGCCCUGGAGCUUCUGCACUGGCCAGAAAGCUUGAAGGGCGAAGAGAUAAAGAAGUGCAGCCGAGAAGGGACACUACUGAGUAAAUACAACCAGCAAUACCACAAGCUGUUUAAGGACAUCCCUUUGGACGAGGUGGUUCUCAAAGUGUGCUCCUGUGCCCUCCAGAGGGACCUCCUUCUCCAGGGCCGGCUCUACAUCUCCCCCAACUGGCUCUGCUUCCAUGCCAGCCUCUUUGGCAAGGAUGUCAAGGUGGUCAUUCCGGUGGUGUCCGUACAAAUGAUCAAAAAACACAAGAUGGCACGGCUCCUUCCCAAUGGACUGGCCAUCACCACCAACACCAGCCAGAAGUAUGUCUUCGUGUCACUGCUCUCCCGGGACAGUGUGUAUGACAUGCUGAGGAGAGUCUGCACCCACCUCCAGCCUUCCAGCAAAAAGAGUCUGAGUGUAAGAGAAUUUCCAGAGGAAGCAGCUUGCAAAUCUCUGGAAGUCUUCAUCCCCGAGAUGAAGUGGAGAAAAGUGUGCCCUGCCUCCAGGUCCUUGUCCCUCCCAGACAACAUCCCUUGUAUCCCUCAAGCAUCCAUGGACUCCACAGACAGUAUCUUCCCCUCCAGAAAGCCUCCAAGGUCUGAGGACGCUGUCUGUGAGGACGACGAGCUGGAAGAGGAGCCUAAGAGUGACAGGGAGCUGAAGCUCUGGUACUACCGGCUCUUCAAGGUCUUCUUUGUGCUGAUCUGCUUCUUGGUCAUGUCCUCAUCCUAUCUGGCGUUCCGCAUCUCUCAGCUAGAACAGCAGUUAUGCUCCUUGAACUGGGAUGGCUCAGUCCCUGGGCACAGGUAACAGCCACUUGGCCUUUGUUCCCACUCUUUCUGCAAGAAGAUUCUCUGGGUGCUAAGUCUCCACCAACGAUCUCCUGGGUUUAUGCUGCUGCUGUGCUGAGAUUGAGUACGAAGGAAAAUAUUCCAGAUCCCUCCCCCUUCACCCAACUCUUCUCCCUCUCCUCAAUGAGUGAUCUGAAGUACUGUUUACAGAGUAACUGGCUCCUACAAUUUUUGGACUCAAACAAAAAGAGUUUUUGGAACCAGCUGAGGAAUUCUGUACACUAAGCUUCAGCAACCACUUAAAUGAGAAAAAAAUUUAACCUGCUCCUUGGAAACAGUUCUGGCACACAGGCAGAACACUGGAGGCCACCUCAAGGGACAAAGCCAUGCUUUGAUACCUGGAACGUGGCUCUCUGUCACAUGGCUCACUCCAGUGGUGGGGUCAGAGGCCAGAACACAAACCAGCAGUGUGGGCUCUGCUCCCCCUGCACACUGUCCUCCCAUGGGCUUCUCGCAGGGAGCCAAGGGCCUGCUGAGGGCUGCAAAUGCAGAGAGAAGGGCUCGUGGCCAGGAUUCCAGCAGGAGGCGAAUUUUCAUGCUCUGGGCUGAGGCUCUGUGUUGGCCCCUCAUGAGGAGGCUGGCUGAACCUGGGAAGAUGCUGCCUGCAGCAGGGGAUGGUGGCAGGAGCUGGGAAGGAGAAGUCCUAGAAUUCCAUGUUCUCAGCUCUCACUUUCUGGUGGGACAGGUGGAGCAGGGCUUUUGAUCACUGUGGCCACGGACCUGGUAUUGGGUCUUGCCCAGGUGUGCCAAACAUUUCCAAGGUGUCCCAGGCCCUGGAAGUAGGGGAUGGGAAGGAUGGAGGCUUUGAUUUGAGGUCUUGCUGUGUACUUCCUGCCUGAUUGCCUACAUCUUAGGCAUGGCCAAGAGCAGCCUGUCAGGGAGGCUUGGCUGGGCAGUCAGGUGUGUUGGUGUUGGGCCAUUACAGGGCAGGGCUCACUCACAUCACCUGCAGUCAGUGUGUUUCAGGUCAUAGAGGAGGGUCCUCCAUUUCAUGGGGUCUAUUCUCCAUUAAUAAGGUGGUGGUGUCCAAGGUGGGGCUAGUGUAGUGCAGGAACCAGGCCAGUGGGGUCCAUCUGAUACCUUUGGGGACAAAAGAGAUAGGGGAGGAGAAGGCUGGACAUAGUGGUGAGUUCGCCUUGGAGAUUCCUCCUUCUCUGUCAGGGCCUUCUCUAUUCUUAAGAGCUUCCCCAUGCCCCAGAACUCUGGUCUUAUCUCCCUGGGACUCCAUCUGCUAAGAUAGUGCCCUUGGAGGUUCUAGAAGGGCCUUAAGUUAGGAGGCCAGAGGUAUCAGGGAGAGUCAUUGGUGAUGGGGUGGGUGGUGUCAGAAAUAGUCACUGUUUUCCCCUCUUCAGACACUGAGAGGUUAACUAGGGGAAGAAAUUCAGGUGGAAAUUAUUUAUUGUAGAGCCAUGAUUAUCCGUCCUAUUUAUUGCAAACCCAACUGAGGAUUGGAGGGACUAACAGGAAGUGACAACUCCCUGAGCUCAAACUGGAGGUCUCUUCAUCCUCUUUGCAUCCCAGUUUCUAGGAUUAAGCUUAGAGUCUGGCCAUGUGUGUUGCUUGCACCAAAUCUGUAUGUCUCAGGCGAAACUCACUGUUCCAUUCUCCUUAAAGUGCCACACUGGAUGAAUAUCCAGCCUUUUUUUUUCCCCCUUUGAAUCAGCCCUUUUCAUCAAUCUCUUCCAUCAUAUUUUCAGGGAAAUAAUCCUUCUUGCCUCAGCACUUCCCCUCCCUGGUGGGGGUGAACAAAUCCAUUCUCAGCCUUGCUACAUUGAGCCAGAGGCCCACAAGAGGUGCCAAGUCAUAGGUGAAUGUGCCAAGAUGCUGGUGAACCUGGUUUUCAGCUAUACCUCAGGCUCAGAAAGGGCAAGAGGCAUGCUGUAGGGUAGGCGGUUUUGGAGUUGUGCUUGGGGCCCUGGGCUUUGAGUGGUGUGGCUGUGCCUGUCCCUCUGGAAGGCUUUCUGUUUCUCCCUUUUGUCCCCAGCCUGGUCCUCUGGGGCCACUGUACCUUUUGUUGUGCUCGUUUAUAAACUAUGUGUAUUUAUAUUGACCUGCUUGCAUUGCCUGAUGCUCCUCUAAUUCCCUCAAAGUUUGGUUCAACCACCCUUGGGUUGUUCCACUAUGAUCUUGGCUUUUUAAAAUAUUUUAAAAUAAAAAAUCUGAUUUUUCUAGCGUC